AGAACUUCAAGGUGCGAAGUAACGAGCUACCACUUGGAAGACGGAGGAGGAGUCAAAAGAAGAAACAGGAUUAUAGAAGAAGAGAAGUGAAGAAGACUUUGACUGUUUGGUCUUCGCCGCCAUUUCUCUCCUCUUUUCUCCUGUAUCCACGUCACAACAUGUCUUCCCCGUUCCAUCGCCGUCCGUUUCCCGAUUACCUCCUCUCGUCUCCUCUGGUCGCCCUCUUGUAUCCUCUCCACCAUCUCCUUCUGCGACUUCGCGGUCCUCCUCGACUACCUCCUCCCGAUUCUCGUCCUAUCCGUGUCGUCUGUAUCUCUGAUACGCACACGCUAGAAUGGCAAGACGUACCGGAAGGCGACCUUCUCAUCCAUGCAGGCGACCUCUGCAAUGGCGGAAGCGCCCGUGAAAUUCAAGCUGCUGUCGACUGGCUGCGCAAGCUCCCUCAUCCGCAGAAAGUCGUGAUCUGCGGCAACCAUGAUAGCUAUUUCGAUAUCCGCUCGCGAUGUGCUGAAGAUCGGGAUCAGUCCUUUGCUGCCAUCUCAUCGUCGACAGCCUCCAUCCGCUCCAUCGAUGACCUUGACGCCCGUCACAAGAUCGACUGGGGUGAUAUUCACUACCUCCAACACUCCUCGGUCACCCUGACCUUCCCUCCUCUCCCUCAACCACCAUCCUCUUCCUCUUCCGCCUUAUUGGCUCCCGGCUCCCGUUCCCGGGCUCUAACAGUUUACGGUGCUCCUCAAAUACCUGCCAUCGUACCCUUUGGCCCUGAACACGCUUUCACCUACCCCGCGCAACACGACGCCUGGUCCGGCACCAUCCCCGCAAACACAGACAUCCUAAUUACCCACACCCCCCCGCAAUCCCACCUCGACCUCUCGCCCAUAUAUUCCAUUGGCUGUCCCUUCCUUCUGGCUGAGACCUGGCGCGUGCGGCCCAUGCUCCACGUCUUUGGCCAUGUCCACGCGGCCUACGGGAUAGAGCCCGUCUACUGGGACGAAGCGCAAAAAGCAUGGGAGCGACUCUGUACCUCCCGCCGCGCACGGGCACAGUUCUCCCGACUAAGCUCCCUGCUCGGUUUCCUGCGAGAUUUGUUCGAUAUCUCGGGGUGGAUAGAUUCCGCGCGGGUGGUGGUAUAUGGCGUACUGGGGGUCGUGUGGGCCAAGGUAUGGGGCGGUGAGAACCACGCUUCGGGCUGGAUGAUUAAUGCUGCGUGUAUGUAUCGGGAUUCUGGCCGUCUGGCCAAUAAGCCACAGGUGGUGGUCUUGUAGGCGAAGGAAUUCUUUUUCCGGCUUAGUUUCUACUGGCAUAACUGCAUACAGCAUGGGUGCAUGUUGUACUCCCAGGGGCGCCAAUCGUUUUGUAUAUAGUUUUUGUCUUGGUUUAAUAUCUGAUCCCCAUACAUAGGGUGGGCGUUGGGCACACAUAAAAUUCGAAGCACUUGGCUUUAUUCCUCCAUAUUAUAGGUGUUCUGUACAUAACCGACGUUCGAAUCUCGCGCUCCAUAUAAUUACUAGUACUAGCACAGUAUUCACUGAUGUCAUAAUUAAACUACGACUAACAGAAAGCGCCUGUUAGCA